AGUGGUUGCGCCCCCCUCCUCCCCAGCCCGCCUUCCCUCUCUCUCUUUAACCCGGUGGUCAGAGGGGAAGCGGUGCGCGAUGGGAGGGCAGCUCGGACGCGUGGUUCUCUGAGGAUUACGCAUGCGGAACCGCUCCGUGCCAUUGCGCGCAACAUCCCCACUGCGCGCGGAGCUCAGCGCGCGGGAGCAGCGAUGGCCGCGCUCAUCACUUCUCUGCUCGUUUUUGCAAAGUUCCUUCUGUAUUUUAAACUGACACACUGCCAGGAAGUAGAUUUCUGCGUCCCAGCUCGCGUGGGUCAUCACAUGUUCCGGUUGAGUGCAUUCAAACAGGUAUUCCACCUCCACCUCGCGCCGGACUCCAGCUUCCUCGCGCUGCGAGCCGCCGCGGACCUGCGGGAGUGCUUCUUCUCGGGUACCGUGAACGCGGAUCCGGACUCCUUCGCCGCGCUCAGCCUGUGUAAAGGUCUCCAGGGGGGGUUCUCCUACGACGGCAUGGAGUAUUUCAUCCGCCACACCGACACCGCGGACGCGGAACACAGGAACUCGGUCAACGGGACGCACGUCAUCCACCGCUGGACACGCGCUGCGCACUCGGGCACAAACCACACCAGCAGGUGCGCCGUCGCACCUGACGCAAACUUCAACGUGUCCCUUGAGAAUCGCAAGCACCUUGAUGGCUUGGCUGCAACUGUGUUAAAACACCUGGGCAGGUCGAAGAGGUUCGCCUCCAUCCCCAGGUUCGUGGAGGUGCUGGUGGUGGCGGAUGAAUCUAUGGCUGCGUUCCACGGGGGGGACCUGAAGCAUUACCUCAUGACCCUGAUGGCUGUGGCGGCCAGGCUUUACAAGCACCCCAGCAUCCUCAACUCCAUAAACAUCGUGGUGGUGGACUUUAUGGUGAUAAACGAGGCCGACAAGGGACCAAAGAUCUCUAGCAACGCGGCGCUGACGCUGCGCAACUUCUGCUUCUGGCAGAAGAAGCUGAACAAACACAACGACAAGCACCCCGAGUACUGGGACACCGCCAUACUGUUCACCAAGCAGGAUCUCUGCGGGGCCACGACCUGCGACACGCUGGGGAUGGCCGACGUCGGGACCAUGUGCGAGCCGAAGAGGAGCUGCUCCGUCAUCGAGGACGACGGCUUGCCCUCCGCCUUCACCGCGGCACACGAACUCGGCCAUGUCUUCAACAUGCCUCACGACAAUGUGAAGGCAUGUGAGGAGGUAUUUGGGAAGCUGAAAGACAACCACAUGAUGUCUCCCACGCUGAUUCAGAUUGACAGGAGCCGGCCCUGGUCCGUGUGCAGCGCCGCCAUCAUUACCGAGUUCCUGGACCGGGGUCAUGGAGAUUGUCUGCUGGACCAGCCUCAGAAGCAGCUGUCCCUCUCGGACCACCUGCCCGGCUCCAGCUACAGUCUGCACCGCCAGUGCGAGCUGGCCUUCGGCCCCGGCUCCAAGCCCUGCCCAUACAUGCAGCCCUGCACCAAGCUGUGGUGCACCGGAAAGGCCCGCGGCCAGCUGGUAUGCCAAACCCGACACUUCCCCUGGGCAGAUGGCACCAGCUGUGGCAACGGGAAGGUCUGCUACCGAGGAGCCUGCACAGACAAGAACAACACCAUGCACGUCAAGGUGGAUGGCCGGUGGGGGAAGUGGGGAGCUUACGGAAGUUGUUCCCGGAGUUGUGGUGGAGGAGUUCAGCUGGCCAAGAGGCAGUGCGACAACCCUCUUCCUCAGAACGGAGGCAAAUACUGCUACGGCCUUCGCAUCAAGUAUCGCUCCUGUAACCUCAACACUUGUCCUAAGACAGGUAAAAGCUUCCGCGAGGAGCAGUGUGAAGCUUUCAAUGGUUUGAACCUGAACACCAACAGACUGGGCUCCUCUGUGGCUUGGGUUCCUAAAUACUCAGGCAUCUCCCCCAAGGACAAAUGUAAGCUUAUCUGCCGCGCCAACGGGACCGGGUACUUCUACCUCCUUGCUCCAAAGGUUGUGGAUGGGACGCUCUGCUCUCCUGACACCUCGGCCGUAUGCGUUCAAGGAAAAUGCAUCAAGGCGGGCUGCGAUGGCAAGCUGGACUCCAGCAGGAAGUUUGACAAGUGCGGUGUCUGCGGCGGAGACAAUCAGGGUUGCAAGAAGGUCACUGGAAUGUUUACAAAACCUGUUCACGGCUACAACUUCGUAGCGACACUCCCUGUCGGGGCUUCCAACAUCGACGUCCGUCAGCGCGGCUACCGGGGGAUGGUCAGCGACGAGAACUACUUGGCGGUGAAGAACCGCCACGGCAAGUACCUGCUGAACGGAAAUUACGUGGUGUCGGCCGUAGAGCGUGACCUGCUGGUUAAGGGCAGUCUGCUGCGCUACAGCGGCACCUCCUCGUCGGUGGAGAUCCUCCAGUCCACCCGGCCGCUGCAGGAAGCUCUGACCGUGGAGGUGCUGUCCGUGGGGAAGAUGACUCCUCCCAGGAUACGCUACACCUUCUACAUCGCCAAGGAGAGCAAGGAGGACAAGACCCUGCGGAAGGAGGAUAAGAGCCACGCGGCGCACAACAGCGUCCUGGCAGACAGCAACCUGAUCGAGGCCAAGGAGCAGAUGGCGGGCAAGAGGCCGGUGAGCCACUGGGUGACGGGCAGUUGGGAUUCCUGCACGGUCACCUGCGGGACCGGUCUGCAGAAGAGGCCGGUGCACUGCCAGAGCACCGAGGGACGUCCGGCGGCAGACUGUGGCAGCGGCGACAGGCCGGAGUCGGCAAGGGCAUGCGGCGAUCCGUGUCCCGUGUGGGACGCUGGCGGCUGGUCCCAAUGCUCCAAGUCCUGCGGGAGGGGCUUCAAAAGGCGGCCGGUACGCUGCAUGACGGAGAACGGCCCGAGUCUACCCAGGGACCAUUGCUCCGGAAGGAGGAAGCCUCAGGAGCUGGACCUCUGCAAUCUGAAGCCAUGUUAGAGCGGGACAGACACAAGCCCUGGACCUAUUAGUGACAAAUGGACGAUCUGAUGGGAACGCUUGCUCCGCCACGUUGGGGUGGGAGGUUUCCUCCACUGCUGCCCCCGCCCCCCCCGCUACACCGAAGGAAAGCCAACGGAGACGAAGAGGGUCUCCCUCUGUUGUUUGAAAAAGACAUUUUGUUCAGACGGAAAAGCCGUCUUCUCGUAUACUGUCCAACAAUCUGCCUCGAGGUUUUGACUCCGUUGCUGCACCUCCCCCCGAGUCGGAUGUCUGUGAACGUACAGUCAGUCACGCAGGGGGAGGACGCCGAGACGUCGGCACACUAACGCUGUUUACUGGUACCGUCGCGUGGGAUGAACUGAGAGCUCAAAGCAAGGGGCGCGAGGUAUGACCUCACAUCUUGCGAUGGACAUUUCCUCCACUGAAGAACUACUCUCAAUGUGAAACACAGUCCUGCUGGUGUAGAAUAAUCAACUAACCCUUCUCUCAUUGGUCAGGUCUCUGUAACGUAACGUAACCAUGGUAACGUCUCCGCUGGUUUGUUGAGACUCGGGUGACGAAUCUAACGAACCCGUCUCCGUCCCUGGAAUCAAAGAUUUUACAUAUGCAGAAGACAAGUUAUGAUUUAUAAAACAUCAUGUAUAUGGCAUACAUUCUGGGAUGGAUCGAUACCGAUAUAGAUACAUAUAUAGUUUAAAGCUAAUCCAUGAGAAAGCAAAGUAUUUCUGAAUGUUACAUUCGUCUUUAAAUUUAGAAACCUGUAAGGAGACAAAUCUGGUGUCAAUUUAGCUAACGUUAGUUAAAUGAAAUAAAGUAGGAGUGACAUUUGAGUAUCAUUUCAUCGAAUGUUUAUGAAUGACAUCAGCUAAACAUGGAACACAGCUGUUACCGAGCAAUGCAAAUUUGUUUUAAAGGUCUAUAAAAUAACGUUAUUGAGUUUCUUUUUUUAUAUUACCUUUAUAAAAUACCAUUAAAAUAAUACAAAUUAGAAAGUUAUAUAUAAGCUACAUUCCUUUUAUUACUUUCAGUUUAUGACCGCAUUUGCGAUGUGUGGUAAAAGGAAGCUGUACAGAAAUAGGAAGAAUAUGUCUCAAAUCAAAUCAAUUUAAUCAAAGUAAUAAUCUACGGCUGAAUCAAUUAUAAAACAAGUCGUUGCCUUCAGCCCCAGAAUAUCAACGCUAAUCCUCCACAGUGAACAAUGUAAAGAGUAUAAAUAUUCCAGAUAUUCAGGGAAUGUUGCUUUAUUUGUUCUGUUUAAAAACCAAAGAGUUAUAAACUUUAAGAAAGCUUGACUUUAGUUGACCUGUUUAAGCUUAAACCAAAAGACUUCAAAUUAGAUGUUUUCCUUUAGCUGUUUGAAGAUGAAACUCAUCCGAGGGGAAAAAACACGGACACGCUUCCAAAGACCUGUACUUUGCAUUAAUGUUACUGCACGUAGUUAAUAAGAACAGUUUAAUAAAACACUGUCAUCAGCAUUUGACAUGUAUACCAAAUUCAGUGAAAGAAUAGAAUUCCACAUCUGAGACCCAAACCUUCCAACACUUCCAAUUUCACGCUUGGAGGCACCCGACAUUUCAGAAUAAUAUAAAACUAUUUGUGUUGGGUAUCUGGUCCUUUUUUAGAAGGAAAUUACUCUCCUCUUCAGAGGAACUAAUCAUUGUUUCUAUUUUUUUCACAUAAUGCACAGUUGAUCUCAUUUUUAUCAGUUGUGUUUUGUAUUGUAUACUAUGUAUGCAUUUAUCUAGCUCUUUAAAAUAAAGUAUAUAUAUAUACAGCAGUACUGAAUCAUGAAACGGUUUUAGAAUUAAAAUUUUGAGACAA